ACAGAGGAAAACUAACCGCAUUGGCAAUAACGCUUGGCUCAUUGACCCUAUAAAUAGGUGAUGGGGAAGAUGGCUUCAUGGCAGCUUAAUAAUGGUGGCUCAAACUCAGCAACAGAGUUUCUAGUAUAAAGAGAUUUAUACUUUCAUUCUGGGAUUGGUUCCCUCCUUUUGGGUAUUUGGAUCCUUCCAGGUUACUAUUUUGGGCUCCCAUUCUAUAGGACUCUAUUGGGUUUUGUGUGUUUUUCUUGAUACAAGUUAGUACAAGAGCCUAUAGAAGUGUUGGAACAUAGAAGAAUAUUUUAAGUUUACUAGUAUCUACUAUCUAGGCCAGUGAAAAAUGGGUGCUCCAUUAUCAACAUGGCCAUGGGAGAAUUUGGGGUUAUUCAAGUAUCUUUUAUAUGGUCCCUUUGUGUGGAAAGUGCUGUAUGAAGUGUUUUAUGUUGAAGAUUCCAACCUCAAAUUCAGCUGGUGCUUUCAUUUGCUCCUACUCUGUGGUCUCAGAGGAUUUCUUCAUGUCCUAUGGAACUCUUUCAGCAACAUGCUUUUUCUCACAAGAAACAGAAGGAUUCUUCAACAAGGGGUAGAUUUCAAGCAGAUUGACAAAGAAUGGGACUGGGACAACUUCCUAAUUCUUCAAACAAUAAUUGCUUCCAUGGCCUAUUACAUGCUACCCUUCCUUCAAAACCUUCCUUCCUGGAAUGUUAAAGGUGUUAUUGUAGCCUUGGUACUGCAUGUGGGAAUCUCAGAACCACUUUAUUAUUGGGUGCACAGAAAGUUUCAUGGAGACUAUCUUUUCACCAAUUACCACUCACUUCACCAUUCAUCUCCAGUACCAGAGUCAUUGACUGUGGGACACGCAACAAUUGUGGAGCAUGCAUUUAUUAGUGUAGUAAUUGGGAUCCCUAUCCUUGGAGCAUCAGUGAUGGGAUAUGGAUCAGCAAGCUUGGUAUACGGAUACGUUUUGGGUUUUGAUUUUCUGAGGUGUUUGGGGCAUUGCAAUGUUGAGGUUGUUCCACACGGACUGUUCAAGACAUUCCCAUUUAUGAAAUAUCUUCUCUACACACCAACAUACCACAGCCUACACCACACUGAUAAUAAGGAUACCAACUUUUGCCUAUUCAUGCCACUCUUUGACGCCCUUGGCCACACGCUUAACACCAAAUCCUGGGAAUUACACGAAUCAUUCAGCUCAGGAAAAUGCAGCAGGGUACCUGAUUUUGUUUUCCUGGCCCAUAUAGUGGAUGUGACAUCCUCCAUGCAUGCUCAAUUCUGUCUCAGAUCAUUCGCUUCCUUGCCAUUCAGAACAAGGUUCUUCUUGAUACCAUUCUGGCCAAUCGCCAUAACAACUUUGCUAGCAAUGUGGGUUAGGUCCAAGGCCUUUUUAUUUUCAUUCUACUACCUCAGGGAUAGACUGCACCAAACCUGGGUUGUCCCCAGGUGUGGCUUUCAGUAUUUCUUGCCAUUUGCUGCUGAGGGCAUCAAUAAGAAAAUCGAGGAGGCUAUCCUCACAGCUGACAAAAUUGGUGUUAAAGUCAUAAGCUUGGCAGCAUUGAAUAAGAAUGAAGCUCUAAAUGGGGGUGGAAAACUCUUUGUGGACAAACAUCCAAACCUCAGAGUCAGGGUUGUUCAUGGGAACACCUUAACUGCUGCUGUUAUUAUUGAUGAAAUCCCAAAAGAUGUUGAAGAAGUGUUCCUAACAGGAGCAACUUCCAAGCUUGGAAGAGCAAUUGCUCUCUACCUUUGCCAAAAGAAAGUCAAAGUACUGAUGUUAACUCUUUCAGCUGAUAGAUUUAAGAGGAUUCAAAAGGAAGCCCCCCAAGAAUACCAAAGCUACCUUGUUCAAGUGACCAAAUACCAAGCUGCACAACACUGCAAGACUUGGAUUGUUGGCAAGUGGAUCACGCCAAGGGAGCAAAGCUGGGCUCCGCGUGGAACACAUUUCCACCAAUUUGUUGUCCCACCAAUCUUGCCCUUUAGAAGGGACUGCACUUAUGGUGAACUUGCAGCUAUGAGGUUACCAGAAGAUGUUGAAGGCCUUGGUUCCUGUGAGUACACGAUGGAGAGAGGAGUGGUUCACGCGUGCCACGCCGGAGGAGUAGUACAUAGUCUUGAGGGAUGGACUCAUCACGAAGUUGGAGCGAUCGAUGUUGAUAGGAUUGAUGUUGUGUGGAAAGCAGCACUCAAACAUGGUUUAAGACCAGUGUCUUCAGGAUCCACCGGCAAAUGAAAUUAAAAUCUGGGUCCAAGAGUUUGAGAACAGAAAAAUUACAUUGAACUAAUGGCCUUCCUAAUGAGUUUUAUGGUGUGUUAUGAAGUGGUCAUUUAAAAUGUUGUUACAUUCUUUCAAGUUGUUUUGUCAUUGUUGUUGAACGUUCACAUCCACUGUGCUUCAUAGCAUAAUGGGGCUACCUGGCUCUCAUGCCAUAAUUUAAUUUCUUUAAUUAAUAUCAGAAACAUCUUCUUAA